CUGCCUGUUUUCUCUCGCCCUCAGUGGGAUGUGCUUCACAGAACUGUGCCCUCUGUUUCUGAUUUGCACAGUUGGAUUAUUCAGAAGGUAGGAACCUCAUCUGAAUGUGACAAGCACCUCUACCUGCAGAGAUACAGAAUAGAUUUCUUGAGUGCUUCCAUGGUGAUAUACACAGCUGGUGCUGAUUGGCCAAAACCUUGAUGAGGCGCUGAUUUUACACCAUGGCCCAAAAGGCUUUGUGGAGUUACCCACAAUCCUUAGCUCCCUGAUUUACAUUGGCAGCGUCUCCGGCUCAACGAGAAAACCUGUACAAGCCAUGAUGUCAGUCUGCGUGCCCUCGCCACGUAACCCCUCCCCCUCUGUGGACGUAGCCAAUCACAACGGGCCCUCUGCAACUCCACCCACUUCCCUCAGCCUGCUUUCCUCACACAAUCAACUGCUUAGUGGUGAUGUCAUCAAACAGGGCCAGGUCACGCCCCCAAAGUGCCGGAAGAAGUACGCACUCACAAGCAUUCAGAGUGCGAUGGGACUGGGCGAAGGCAUGACACCACCUUCGUCAUCUUCAGCGACAACUGCCAACCCUAAACUGGCCAAAAAUGGUGCAAAUCAGUUACGUAAAGCUGCAGAGCGACAGGAUCACAACAAGAACACCACCGAAGAAGACGAAGAUGGAAACACAGCUGGCGAAUCAGAGCUCAACAUCGAUGAUGAGUUGAGGAAUGUUGAGGAUUUAAGCCUCGACAGCGAGUCUAACGUCGACGACGUUCACAGUGACUUUGACCUGAACAACGAGCUUGUUGACGAGGAAGUAAAUGAGUUAAUUGAUGAGGACACUAAUGAGGAGGAUCUUGUGGAGAAUUGUGAUGACCUGCUCAUUCUGUCUGAGAAAACGGAGAUUGUUUCAGACAGGAAGUCACCCGAGCACCUUAAGACCAAGAGUUGCCUGGAGUCGUGCCUGGAUGACCUGUCGUAUGAACUGUCUGACGCGCAGGAUGAGGAUGUCACUAAGCCUUUGCUGGAAAAAGAGAAAAAUCCUUGUCCCUUGUCUCCAAGUAAACCGCACAGCCCUGAGGACACGCCCCUCCUGUCUGUCGGCUCUUCAUCUUCCUCUUCCUCACCGGAGACGAAAAAAGACCGACCACGGACGGGAGCCAAGACAGACCGGGCACUAAACCGCAUCCAGAACCUUCCACACAGUGACGAGGAGUCCAGCUGGACCACGUUGUCACAGGACAGUGCAUCACUGGGCUCACCAGAAGAGAGCGAUAUCUGGGGGGAGCAGUCAUUUCAGACAGACCCUGAUUUGCCUCCAGGAUGGAAGAUGAUGACAGACAUGGCUGGUAUUUAUUACUGGCACAUUCCAACGGGCACCACACAGUGGGAGAGACCCGCCCCAUGCCAUCCGGUGCCAACUGGACCCAGCCAUGCCAGCCGCAAACACUCCUUGGGCUCCCUGUCUCCCUCGCCCACUCCAGAUCACGAGUCGAUGUCUCAUGCCGACAUAUUUUUCGGAGCUUCGAGUCGUUCAGGCAGCACCACUUCCGACAGCUCGUGUGACCCCGCCCCCAUCCCGUCUUCUUCAUGUCUGGACCCUACCCCUAUCCUGUCCUCAAACUCUUCCUCAUCCUCUGACGGCAAUGUUCCUUCCUGUGGAUUUGUCAACAGCUGCUACUUUCCUCGGUCCUCAUCCCUACAGAUAAUGCUAGGGAAGGAUAGACACUCUGAGGCACGCCAUCGGGAAGAGGACAAGAAACAGCCAUGGAGUGAUUUUGCUGUGGGAAAGAUUGAUAGUGAGAUCUGGAAGGAUCUACAGGCAGCCACAGUAAACCCUGACCCCAGUCUGAAAGAGUUUGAAGGCGCAACUCUCCGCUACGCCUCCCUCAAGCUACGAAACCCUGCUCCCUUGGAAGAGGAAGAUUCCAGCUGCAUUAACAGUGACCCUGAAGCCAAGUGUUUUGCUGUGCGCUCUCUUGGCUGGGUAGAGAUGGCUGAAGAGGACUUGGCUCCGGGUAAAAGCAGCGUCGCUGUUAACAACUGCAUUCGUCAACUGUCUUACUGCAAGAAUGACAUACGAGACACUGUGGGCAUCUGGGGAGAGGGGAAGGAUAUGUACCUCAUUCUGGAGAAUAACAUGCUGAAUCUGGUUGACCCAAUGGAUCGUAGCGUUCUACACUCUCAGCCAAUCGCAAGCAUCCGUGUGUGGGGCGUUGGUCGCGAUAAUGGAAGAGAGAGGGAUUUUGCAUAUGUAGCGCGAGAUAAGGACACCCGGAUAUUAAAAUGUCAUGUGUUCCGCUGUGACACCCCUGCCAAAGCCAUCGCAACAAGUCUGCACGAAAUCUGCUCCAGGAUCAUGACAGAGCGCAAGAAUGCCAAAGCUAUGGCUGGAGGAUCCCUACAGGACAGAACACAUGCUGGGCUCGACGUCCCGCUACAAGCAGAGUUCCCCACACCAAAGACUGAACUGGUGCAGAAAUUCCAGGUGUUGUACGUUGGCAUGAUGCCGGUUGCCAGACCUAUAGGCAUGGACAUUCUCAAUGGUGCAAUAGACAGUUUGAUAACAUCAUCAAUUCGAGAUGACUGGGUCCCUGUGAUGUUGAAUGUAGCCGAUGCGACAGUCACAGUCAUCAAAGAAAAGGAGGAAGAGGAGGUCCUAGUGGAGUGUCGUGUGCGUUUCCUGUCAUUUAUGGGAGUUGGGAAAAAUGUGCAUUCAUUCGCAUUCAUCAUGGACUCUGGGAACCAGCACUUUGAGUGUCAUGUGUUUUGGUGUGAUCCCAAUGCUGGCAGUGUGUCGGAGGCUGUUCAGGCCGCAUGCAUGUUGAGGUAUCAUAAGUGUCUGGUGGCACGCCCUCCAUCUCAGAAAGCCUGCUCACAAGCACCCCCUGCAGAUUCAGUCACUCGCCGCGUCUCCACCAGCGUCAAACGUGGAGUUCUUUCCCUCAUCGACACGCUCAAACAGAAGAGACCAGUCACUGAGCUCCCCCAGUGAUCUGACACACAAGCACACAUUCGCACCGUCACGCUCUGCAUGCUAAUAGCUAUCAGAAUGUCCUGUACAUAUCUGUCCAGUCAAAGAAAAACUCGAGGACGAAAACGGUCUAAAAAUAUGAAACAAGUAAUUAUCAAAUGAGCUGAUGCCAAGAAAAUACACCCUUUACUCACACACUCACAAACACACACCUAAUCCAAUAUCUACAAGCCUCUCUCUUCCGUCUCCCAUAUGUCAGUCAUGCGUAUAUCUGCAUGGGAAGCCACGCGUCUCCAGCAUGACUGUAACCAACAGGCUUGGCCCAUCUAUAAGCACCACCCUAUCUGGACAAAGCCUGCUCAAAGAGAUCAUUUGAAGAAAGCUUGUGUAAUUCAAAAAGAACCAAUACGACUGCUUCACUCAACCGAGCUUUUUCAUAUUGUCACAGUUCAUCGGUGUCGCAUGACCGUAUGUGUGUGCGGGUGUGUAGAGGAGCUUGAUGCUGCUUCAUUUGCUAACGGAUGUUCACAAGUGUCAUAAAAGCUAUUUUUUGUUGCAUUCUUUAUUAUCCUGAUGAACACAAAACAAGAAUGGGUGGAUGAGAGGAACUGUGCACUGUGUUCCAUUCAAAGUUGGAUGACGGAUGUUCUUACUUGAUAUCUUCUGACCAAGGUGCUCCAAUGUUCAGUGCUCAAAAGGUGCGGUAACAUUAGCGAUGUUUUGGCGAAAAUUUGGACCAUUGUUAAUUGUCAGUAGUGCAGCGAUGUAUGAAGCACAACUCGCGUAAAAGUUGCUUUCAAACCA